CGCUUCAGUUGUCGUCCGGUCGUCGUCGCAGUCGUUGCCGGCGCGUCGUCGGUACACGCCAUCGCCUCGCGCGCACCCGCACGUUCACGCGCGCCCGCACUCGCACACUCCGACCGCGGCGUCCCGCGAUACCACGUGCGUCGCGCGACCAGUACCUAACCAGCCGUCGCGUCAUUAGCGUUGUACGCGCGCGCCGAAACGGACCACGUUGCUGCCAUCCAGCCGGCCGGCACCGCGAUCGAACAGACCAAUCGAAAAUUCUGACGUGCCGAAAAUUUAAAAUUUCUUGUGCCAUAUUUAUUUAAUGAGUCUGACACUAAGACAAAAAAAAAACCAUAAUUUGUUCUGUACUUUCAUUUAUUGUCCGGUUACCUACGAUUUUAACUAUUUUACUUUGUUGAAAGCAACAUUUUAAGAUGACUGAAUUUCGAAGUUACAAGACAGAUCAAUCCUUUUUCAAGACCAUUUUUAGAAGGAAAAAAGAAUCGGACUUGGUUAAGGAAUCUACUAAACAGCAACUUAGCCGUGUAUUAGGAUUAGUAGACUUGGUUUCUCUUGGCGUCGGUUCAACUUUAGGACUUGGCGCUUACGUGUUGGCUGGAGAAGUAGCAGUUAAAUUUACCGGACCCGCAGUAGUUUUGUCAUUUGCUUUUGCAGCUGUGGCAUCGGCAUUAUCAGGGUUAUGUUAUGCUGAGUUCGCAAGUCGUGUACCAAAAGCAGGAUCAGCGUACGCGUUCAGUUAUGUGGGUGUUGGAGAGAUAGUGGCAUUUCUUAUUGGAUGGGAUUUAAUAUUAGAAUACAGUAUUGGAUGUGCAAGUAUUGCAAGAGCAUUAAGCGGACAUAUUGACAAGCCACUUGGUUACCCUAUGAAAACUUUUUUCCUAGAAAACUUUCCAUUAAAUGUUUCUUUUCUAGCUCCUUAUCCAGACUUGUUUUCAUUAACAUCUAUACUUCUGUUAACCUUGUUGAUUGCCUGGGGGAUGCGGGAAUCGUCUUUGCUUAACAAAAUAUUUACAGUGGUUAACCUUCUUACAGUUUCCAUUGUGGUUGUAUCAGGAUUAUUCAAAAUUGACUUUUACAAUUGGAAUAUACCAAAAGAUAAUAUACCUCCAAACGUGAAUGGAGGAGAAGGGGGAUUUUUGCCAUUUGGAUGGUCCGGAGUUUUUUUGGGAGCGGCAACAUGCUUUUAUGGAUUUGUUGGAUUCGACGCUGUUGCUACUACUGGUGAAGAGGCUAAAAAACCCACUAGAGACAUUCCACUGGCUAUAGUUAUAUCGUUAGUCAUCAUCACGUUAUCGUACUGUAGUGUAGCUGUCAUUUUGACACUGAUGUGGCCGUACUAUUACCAGGAUCCAGAAGCUCCAUUUCCUCAUAUCUAUAGGGAGUUGGAUUGGAGUAUACUCGAAUGGAUAGUUACUAUUGGUGCGGUGUUCGCUUUAUUCACAAAUAUGAUUGGAACACUGUUUCCUUUACCUAGAAUAUUGUAUUCCAUGGCAUCUGAUGGAUUAUUAUUUAAAGUUUUCUCAAAGGUCGAUGCCAAAACAAAAACACCAUUUUGGGGUACAUUCAUCUGCGGAGCUUUUGCUGCCGUACUAUCCAGUCUGUUCGAUCUGCAACAGCUAAUGAACAUGAUGUCGAUCGGCACACUGAUGGCGUAUUCACUUGUAUGCAUAUGUGUGUUAAUAUUGAGGUACACCGACUAUGACGACGAAGACUGUAAGAUCCGAGACACCAGUCGGUUUCAAGUUUCUCUCAUGCGUUUGCUGUCAUCCAGUUUCAACUUCUCCAACUCACAAUUGACGACCAAGAGUUCCGCACGCACAUCGAUCAUAAUCAUUCUAGUUUACCUUGUGGUAACUAUUUGCUUCUGUUCGGUCGUUUCAUUAACACUAAACCACGGCCAAUUGAACAUAACUACGUUCACGAUAAGUGGCGUACUUGGUAUGAGUUUACUGGUGCUUUGCUAUUCACUGUCACGACAACCACAGUCAACGAAUCGGCCUACAUUUAAUGUGCCUUUCGUCCCGUUCAUACCCUGCCUGAGCGUUGUACUCAACACUUAUCUUAUGACACAACUGGACUCGUCUACGUGGAUACGGUUCACCGUGUGGUUGUUUAUCGGCAUAAUGAUCUACUUGUGUUACGGACUCAAUCACAGCGUGGAGCGGCUGAAUCAUCGACGAAAAGUGGAUGAAACGUAUAUGAAACAAAUACGUUACGAGAUUCAAGUAUAUUGAAGAGCGAGUGAGAGAGGGUGAGGCGUGUGUAUGUGUGCGUGUGCGUGAAAGUCAAAGAGAGUGAAGUGGGAUGUAUGGAUGGAGUGACGGCUAAAAUAUGUCGUUAAGUUACAUUUUAUUGCAUUUAUACAAAAAAAAAAAAAAAAAAAAGGAUUUAACCAG